AAAACCCGAUUUAUAUUUCUAAAACCCGAAAAACCAAACCGAGUUCAACUACUAGGGUUUGGUUCUUUUUUCCGCUCUGCGUAAACUAUUUCAAUUAGGAUAUAUCUACAAAUAUAAAUGUAUGGUAGCGAAACUCGAAUCAGCCGUCUAAAGUUAGGGUUUCUUUCUUCUCUUCCCCCAAAUCAACCAUGUCAAUAGUAAGUCAAAUAGUAAGUCAAAGAUCCGAUGCGCUUUCGAAAUUAGGUGUUAUGACCGUGCUAAAUAAUUAUGACGAGGCGCGUCUGGUGUGUGUUAGUUCCGACGGUCGAAUGUUCGCGGUGUCUGCCAUGGAGUCUGGAUUUUUGAAACACUUUAUCGACACUAAGCAAUUUGGAAAAGUCUAUACCGAAGUCCCAGGCCAUAUUCUUGAACAAGUUGUCUACUUUAUUAUUAACAUAAAAUAUGAGGAGCGCAACACUGAGAAUUAUAAGGUUUUGGAAUCCGAAUUUCUCCAAAAGAAUCAGCGCCUUCUUUUGGAUAUUUUGCUAGUUGCUUACGAUCUCCAAAUCCAAACCCUUGUUGACCUGGUGCGUAAAGUAGUUAUUGAUAUGAUAGCAGAGAAGACUCGUGAAGAGUUUGCUGAGAUUUUCAACCUGAGUCGUGAAGAGAUGUCAGAGAUGCAGAAAUAUAAAGUGUGGGCUAUUAAGCCUCAAGAAAGUUGGGUAUGGUGCAAGGUCGCCCUUAGCAGCAACAAUGAGGCAUGGAACCUCAUACCCUGUUGACUCCAUGUAACUAGCAAAUUGAGUAAGCAAUUCUGCUGCUCUUAACCAUGAAGACUCGUCGGAACUGGAUGGCAGAAGAAAAAUUUAUGUUGAAAAUAAGCAAGUAGAAAGAAUAAAAAAACUUCCAGUUAGCAUAAUUAACAGAAUAGACCAUAUAUCUACUACAAGGCAUAGACA